AAGAGAAAAAUCACAAAGCCACGAGCAGUAGAGGCAGCCCAGCAUACCUGGCCACUCCAAGCUGGGAAACUCACCUCCCUGAUACUUGGGUCGAGGUGCAGGUGAGCAGCGUGGAGGCCUCCUGGUCUGAUGAGUGGCACCCGGAAAGUGACGGGAGGCCCCACAACCUCAACAGACAGGCAGUGAAGGUAGGAGUUAGAGAUCGGAAAGAUGACACUGAGUCAAACAGCUUGAAUUCUGAGUGGCUCAGUGGAGAGCAGUACCAACUACAGAAACUUACAAAGUGA